AUGUUGAUACAUUGGACAAAAUUUCUUUACUUUAUUAAUGUUUUCGAUAUCAUUUGCCGAUUCAUCAAUUAAUGGUUCAUUCUCGAUGACUCUCCAUUGGUAUCAUCUAUUAUAGAGGUGCACAGAUUCAUUUUCUUCUGUCUUAUAAAUUUCAUGAAUUCUAUGACUCUGAUGUAUCUAUUUUACAGAUAGGGUUAUCAUUCAAAAAUAAAAUCAAUGACUUUUAGCUUUGCUAAAAAUGAUAAUUUGAGUAGACCAAAUUAUGACACACAGCAAAUAUUAGAAAUUUUUCAUAAUUUUCGAGCUUCAAGCUUAAAUAGGCAUUCCUCAGAGCGAGGGACAGUUGUUAAGAGAUUUAAUGAUUUGAUGACUUAUGAAGAAACUUAAAAAGAAUCACUUGCUAAAUUCUUGUAAAAACCAGGUGAAAGCCUCUAUAGUAAAAAUGAUGAGAUAAAAUCAAGUUUUAGCAGAGGCUAAUUUUAAGACUUUUUGCUUGAUCAUUUGGCUUUAAUCAAACAUCAAUAAGAAAUAAUAAAAAGAUCUUUUGAUGAUAAUGAUGAGACAUUCGAUUUCGAUUAAAACUGA